AUGUACCAGCAAGUGUCAGACCUUUCCUCCAUGUACCACCUGCCAGACUUUACCGCCGUGUACUACGUGCCGGACUUUACCACCAUGUACCACCUAGCUGCCAAACAUUACCGCCAUGUACCUGCAAGUGCCAGACCUUCCCACCUUGCACCAAGUGCCAGACGCUGCCACCUUGUACCGCAUGCCGAACUGACUUCGUGUGUACCACAUAUCGGACAAUACGACCUGGCCCAAGUAGAUAUUCCUCAGAAGCUUAAUCACACGCAUCCGCCGUCAAAUAAAACACACAAUGAACUUAAUUAUUUACUAGUUGCACUAAAUAUUUAG